AUGGAUCCCGCAAAACAUCCUCAUCAAGGCAUUGGCAUCUCUCCACCGACGCCGCAAAAGAUGGACGAUGGCGAUAAUCAUGAUUGGGAUGUCUUGAAACAGCCGGCUAACAACCCUAUCAACAAAGGUGUCGAGCAUGGCAUCAAUGGACGAGCUAUCACUGCUGCACACCCGGUUAACAAUCCUGCCAAUAGUGUCAAUGAAGCAGCUAGCAUAGGCCCCAGCACUGCUUUGGUCAUCGCUUCUGAUCCGCAAAAAUUAAGCAUUUGCGACCGCAUGGGCUCCGAAGUUGUCACCUUGGUCGUCGGCAGAGACUACCGUAGAAAGACUUAUACUAUCCACAAGAACCUUCUUCGAGAGUGCGGUGGGAUGUACGACGCCUUAUGCCAAGAUAUUGGGCCAGGCUAUGACACAGUGAUGCUGAAUAAUGAGGAUCCUGACGCCCUCAAGCUCUUUAUCAACUACAUAUACUCCGAGGAAAUCCCAGCCAUCCCACAUGAUGCCCCAGUCACCUUCCAAGCUACACUUCUUGUCAUACUCGUGCGUUUCUACGUAUUCAUCGAGAAAUACCACUUGAGUGCUACAGUUCGUGAUAAGGUCAUGGAUAAUAUUCAAGAUGGCUUCUACAUGAUACAGAAGUUCCCAGAAUUGAUUCUUACUGAAGGUGUCUGCCUGCACAGUGCUCCUGGCUCAAUGAUGCGAAAGUUCUGCGCCGCCUCCCUGGUUUACUUUCUUCGCAGCGAAGCUUUUGUUCAAAACGGUUCUAUUCCUGCCUUUUUCGCAAAGUACAACGACUUUCUGGUGGACUUCUUGGAUGCGUUCCGUGCUUAUAUCCCACACCAGGACCCCCGAGUUCGCCACUGCAGAUACAAGGAGAAUUGCAUGGAGUGUGUGAGAGCAGGAGGAAGCGACUACCUGACGCGGUUUGACGGGGUCACGCCAUGCCGAUUCCACGUCCAUACUGGUGCUAAGGAUGCGGCUGGAGAACCCAUCUGCCAUCUCUGGCGUCCAGCCUGA